AUGGUAAUGAGCAGCAUCCAAGAUCUUCCUGCAGAAAAUAUUUCUUUCACGGUUUUCAAACUGAAUGGUUUCUAUUCUUUGGGAGAAUGGCGGCGCUUUCUAUUCAUCCCAUAUUUCUUUAUGCUUUUAUUGUCUACAACCUCAAACUCUGUUCUGAUAUAUUUAAUUAUCACCCAGAGAGCUCUGCACUCUCCAAUGUUUGUAUUAAUUGGUCUAAUGUCUGUUGUGGAUUUGUUUAUGCCAAUAUUUUUUGUACCAAAUAUGCUGCUCAGCUUUUUAUUUGACUGGAAUCAGAUUUCACUGGUGGACUGUUUAAUACAAAUAUUUUGUGUUCAGUAUGUUGGUGCAUAUCAGUCUACUUUACUGCUGUGGAUGGCUCUGGAUCGGUUCUUUGCUAUAUGCAGACCUCUUUCUUAUCACAAUUAUAUGCAAAUGCCCAACUUUCUAAAGUUUAUUAUUGUCCCAGUACUUAGAAAUACACUCUUAAAUAUCACAAUGGUUUCUUUGGCUGGAAAACUAAAUUUUUGUAUGAAAAAUGAGAUGGAUCACUGUUUUUGUGAACACAUGGGGUUGGUUCAGCUUGCAUGUGGAGAUACUUCAACUAAUAACUUACUUGGACUUGCGUCUGCUUUUCUAGUAUCAACUUCAGAUUUUGUUUUUAUUACUAUUUCUUAUGUAAUGAUAUUUGCUUCUGUAAUGAAAUCAGGGAAGUCCAGCAUGAAGGCCAUCAACACUUGCAUAACACAUAUAAUCAUCAUCACAUUUAGUUUAGUAUUUGCCUUGAUGGCUUUUUUGUCUUAUAGAAUUAAAAAUAAUUUUUCUCCAAGCAGCCGUAUUUUCAUUAGUACAAUGUAUGCACUUUUUCCAAGCUGUUUCAACCCAAUUAUUUAUGGAAUAAGAACAAAAGAAAUAAGGCAGCAGUUGGUAAAAUUCUUUAACCAUGUGAAAGUCUUACCACAUUAA